AUGAAUGCGCGUGCUUUGCAUUAUGUCUUCCGAAUUGCGAAUCGUGAGAAAUCUUAUGAUUUCUAUACGAAAGUUCUCAAAAUGAAGGUGCUUCGACAUGAAGAAUUCAAAAAAGGAUGCGAGGCGACUUGUAACGGACCAUACGACGGGCAAUGGAGCAAAACAAUGAUCGGAUACGGAAGUGAGGAUGAGCACUUUGUUCUCGAGCUCACUUACAACUACGAAGUUCACAAAUAUGAACUUGGAAACGAUUAUAGAGCGAUUGUCAUCGAUUCAGAUGAGUUGUUCGAUGAGAUUUCCAAGAUCGAUCAUAGAAAAUCCGGAUGUGGAAGAUUGGCGGUAAAAGAUCCGGAUGGUCAUGAAUUCAAAAUCGGCAAGGCUGCUGGCCCUCCAAAAAUUUGUCGUGUUCAAGUGAACGUGGCCGAUUUGACAAAAAGCAAAAAAUAUUGGAACGAGGUUCUUGGGAUGAAAAUGAUCGAGGAUAAGCCAACCAGAUCGAUUUUGAGCUUUGGAGACAAUCAGUGUCAAUGGGAAAUUGUGCAAUCGGAUAAACCGAUCAAUCGUGGAACUGCUUUCGGAAGAAUCGCGUUUUCCUGUCCAGGAAAUGAACUCCCAAAAAUCCAGGAAAAGAUCAAGUCUUCCGGUUAUAAGAUUAUCAAUGAGCUUAUAACUCUCUCGACUCCUGGAAAAGCUGACGUCCAAGUCGUUAUUCUUGCUGACCCGGAUGAUCACGAAAUCUGCUUUGUCGGCGACGAGGGUUUCCGCGAUUUGAGCAAAAUCGAUCAAGCUGCCGAUGAGGCAAUUCGUGCUGAAAUCAAGAAAGACGACAGCGAGAAAUGGUACAAAUGA